CAGUGAUCCCCAAGACGCGCGCCAACCCCCAGAGUUUCCCGGAGCGGUGUCCACCUGAAUUCCCGCCCACUGCCGCCAGCACAGCAUUCCAUUUUUGGGGAGCCCCUCGAUUGCCCGGUCGUCCACGAACGCUUAUAAAAUUGGCAAGAUAACUAAGCAUAGCACAAAGAUGCCGCCAGCAUCAGCGGUGAACAAUAGCAACGCGGCCGCCCAGGCGGCGAAGGCCGAGCGGGCGGAGAAGCUGCGCGGCGCCCUGAAGGGCUUCAUCGUGGCGGACCGCCAGCGGCGGCAGGAGGAGUUCGAGGCGCAGUGCGAGGAGCAGCGGCUGCGGCGGGAGCGCGAGGAGGUGGAGCGCCAGAACCAGGCGGCAUUGGACGACACACGCGGCCAGAUCACCCGGCUGGACGAGCAGCUGGCCGACCUGCACAGCCAGAAGCACCAGCUGACCGUCCAGCUGAAGAAGGUGCUCAACGAGGAUGAAACACGGAAGAAGCUGGCCAAGGAGAACGAAUUGUUCGCCAUCCAGCAGGCGGCGGCCAGCGCGGCGAGCGGCCCGGUCUUCCUGCCGCCCCUCCGCCUCCAGCACCAGCAUCAUCCGCUGAUGCAGAAGCCCCCGCCCGGUGGACAGCCAGGGAAACGGGGCAGGAGUCCCUCGCCGCCGAGUCAGCAGCAGCAGGCCUACUACAAGAGCGCCGCCAGCUACGCCCAGCAGAAACACGAUGACUACCGUCGUGCCGCGGACUAUGCUAGAUUAUCAUGGAACAAGACCACGGCGCAGUAUCCGGGCACGGGCACGGUCUUCUAUCAGACGACCGCUCCUCCGCCGACGACGCAGCACCAGGCGGACGCCCGUCUGCAGUCCAUCUACAACUACAACCUUCCCUUGCGCCAGGCCUACCACGUGGAUCUGCCCAGCGCCACGGCCAGCAAGCCGCCGGACUCACAGUCGCCGAAGGCGCCGCAAGGGCAGCCGAUGCAGGUGCUCCACAUCAACCUCGACCAGCCGGCCAUCUCGCAAGCAGAUCUGGUGGCCCAGGUCGGUGGCAGCAUCUCGGUGAAGGCCUCCCAGCCGCAGGUGACCAUGGAGAAGCUGCCCGACCGCUACCACAUCGAGGUGAAGCACGACGGCCAGCCGAGCCACGGCCCGCCGCCACCGCAUCUGCUGUCGGAGGGCGUCAUCUUCAAGCCGCUGCUCAGCGAACUCUCCAUGCAUACCAACGUGCUGCAGAUAAGCAGCAGUCAGUUUCCUCCACAGAAUCCGAAAACGGCGGGCAGCAUCACGCAGGGCUAUGCCCCUGGACGAGGAGGAUCCGCUCACGAACAGCAGCUAGCCAGGCAACAGUUGGCGAUGCUGCCCGGCCAGCCGGGAGCUCCGACCGGAUCCGUUCCCGGGUCCGCUCAGCAGCACUACACGCGACGAAUGUACUAGCCCCGCCCGAGGAUUUGGCAAUGUUGUCGCUACGGAACUCACUCACUGAUAUACUUACGAUUUUAAAUGGACAUUAUACUGACUACGCUUCCCACGUGGAGUCGGAUACACGAAAUAAAACACACAACUAUGGCGUCCCUAUUUUCCAAUCGAUAAUACAAUACUGAGAUUUGA